AAUGACCCACCUCCUUUUCAUCAUCCUAUCCGUAACUCUUUCACUCCCAAAGCUAACCUCCAAUGGCUUCCCUCCUUUCUCUUUCCUCUGCUCCUCCUUCAACCCAAAAUCCCAAUAACAACCAUUACCCACUUCUUUCCAAUUUUAAAGGAAACCUCAAUUCUCUUAGAAAUAGUAACCCUUUCAAUUUCUCUCCAUUAAAACUCCAUUUAAGAAACAUUUCCAAAGAAACAAAACCUCUUGUAAUUGUAGCUGUUUCUUCAACAGGGGUUCCAGAAAGUGGGUCGGGUCUGAAGACCCGGUUUAGGCUAGACAACCUUGGACCUCAACCGGGUUCGAGAAAGAAGGGGAAAAGAAAGGGAAGAGGGCAUGCUGCGGGUCAGGGUAAGAGUUGUGGUUUUGGUAUGAGGGGUCAGAAAUCAAGGUCGGGUCCUGGUGUUAUGAAAGGUUUUGAAGGUGGUCAAAUGCCUCUUUAUCGACGUAUUCCUAAAUUGCGUGGUAUUGCUGGAGGAAUGCAUGCUGGGCUGCCCAAGUAUGUGCCUGUAAACUUGAGAGACAUAGAGGUUGCUGGUUUCAAGGAAGGUGAAGAAGUAACAUUAGAGUCUUUGAAGGAGAAGGGCAUAAUCAAUCCAUCAGGAAGAGAAAGAAAGUUGCCAUUAAAGAUUCUUGGUGAAGGAGAACUAAGCACGAAGCUGAACAUAAAGACUCGUGCUUUCUCAGGAUCGGCAAAGAAGAAACUCGAGGCUGCAGGUUGUUCCGUCACCCUACUGCCCGGAAGAAAAAAGUACCUCAAAGAAUCAGUAAGGAAGAACCUUGCUCGUGCAGAUGAAUACUUCGCAAAGAAACGAACUGCAACCACCAACGAAAACGAGUCUGCUUAAUCCUCAUCACAGUUAAGCCGCUGACUCGUGAAGUGUAUCAUAUUGUUGAUGCUUUAACUGCAGAGUUUUAACUUGUUUCUUCGCAUCGCCAUUCAAAAAUUGAAUGUUGACUCGUGAAGUGUGUCGACAACGAAAAAGAGUCUGCUUAAUCUUACAAGAUUUAAUGUUAAUAAUUUAAUAUACGAAAUUUGAAUAUGAAAUGUAAAAUGACAAAAAAAAAAUAUGGAAGAUUGUAUUUUUUUGGAUUUUAUGAGGAAAUAUACGUUUUUGUGGAUA